GUAUCUUCAACGAACAGUAAAACAUCCAACUUUACUACAAGAUCCUGAUUUAAGGCAGUUCUUGGAAAGUUCUGAGCUGCCUAGAGCAGUUAAUACACAGGCUCUGAGUGGAGCCGGAAUAUUGAGGAUGGUGAACAAGGCUGCCGACGCUGUCAACAAAAUGACAAUCAAGAUGAAUGAAUCGGAUGCUUGGUUUGAAGAAAAGCAGCAACAAUUUGAGAAUCUGGAUCAGCAACUUAGGAAACUUCAUGCCAGUGUUGAAGCCUUGGUCUGUCACAGAAAAGAACUUUCAGUCAACACAGCUGCCUUUGCUAAAAGUGCUGCCAUGUUAGGUAAUUCUGAAGAUCAUACUGCUUUAUCUAGAGCUUUGUCACAACUUGCUGAGGUUGAGGAGAAGAUAGAUCAGUUACAUCAAGAACAAGCUUUUGCUGACUUCUAUAUGUUUUCAGAACUACUUAGUGACUACAUUCGUCUUAUUGCUGCAGUGAAAUGUUUAACUCCAAACAGUCUUCAAUUUUUGAAUAGUCGAGAAAAAGUAAUUCUGUUAACUAAUGAAAAUUUGAAUUCUAUAGAAACCUCCAAUAUUCAGAAAGUUAAACUGAAAGUUCCCACUAAAUUAACGGUUGUCUUGAAAAAGUUGAAAACUUUCAAAAAGCCCGUAGGUUUAAAAAGGGAAGCGAAGAAUUAUGAUGAAGUAUAUCUGCUGAGAAAUGUUAACCUGGGAAAAAAUUCCCUGGCAGAUAGUUUGCCUGUAUAA